CUCAAACCUAUACACCAACAUGUCUUCAGGUGGCAAGCGCGGCGGCAAGGCCAAGUUCUAUCGGCACAAAAAGCCCUCGGGGCCUCCCAAGGGCGGCGACGGGCAAGGCGACUUCAAGGGCGGUGCCAUGACGCAGUACCGCACGCAGCCACUGCCGGAGAUGCUCUGCUCGCCUGGCAUCGUGGUUACGGCGGUGCAGAACAAGGAGAUGAUUGCGGAGCGGGAGAUUAUUGAUGCCCUCGAGGAAGCGGCCGACGACCUCUACCCUGACACCGAGGGUGGCAUGGACGACGGAGAGGAGAAAGGCGAUAUCGAGGACAUGGUCAGGCGGGAGCUGGAUGAAUUGUCAGCGCAAAGUACGCGACAGUCUCAACGGUUCCGGGUGUGUAAGCGCGACACUGUAUGCAUGCUCUACAUCAACGUCUUGCCACCACUCGACCCCAUCGCCCUGGUGCGGCAUAUCAUCGAGCGCUGCGAACGGACUGGGCGCUGCUCCUUCCGAUUCAUUCAGCGCCUGACACCCGUCUCGGCGACAGCGCACGCGGACAUUGAGUCCUUGCGACGGAUCGCAGCCCAGGUGCUGCCGGGCCCUUUCUCCGGCGGUCCUAAGAAGUUCGGGAUCCAGGUAGCGACGCGCAACUCGAACGCUCUCGAGCGGCUACAGAUGAUCAAGGCUGUUGCAGAGGAGGUGACCAAGCUCAGUCCCGAGCACACGGUCGACCUCAAGAACCCCGACCGGACGAUCAUGAUUGAGCUGUUCAAGACGGUGCUGGGCAUCUCGGUUGUGGAGAACUUUGAGAAGUACAAGAAGUUCAACCCCGCAGCAGUUGCGCGCGAGGCAGCCAAGGCUGCCGGUGCAGGCGACUCGCGCGUUGCCGCCGCGACCAACGUCUCAGGUGCCGCCGACUCUCGCGUCGCCGCGAGCAGGGUCGGGACGAGCGUCUCGCGCGUCGCCGCUGCGAUUCAGAAGGGCGAGAAGGAGCGGUCGACGGGGCAGGCUCGCGCGGAGAAUCGCGUUAGGCGGAUGGAGGGCAUCAAGGCUGCGCAGGAGGCUGAAGCCGCCGCAGCUGAGGCGAAGGCCCGGCCGCCAAAGCGCAAGGCCGAGGACGGGCCCGAAGACGGCCAGGUGGCGAUCAAGCCCGACGACGUGGAGCAGGGGGAGGCGGUUGAGGACGAGUCGGCCGAGCUUGGCGACGACUUUGUCGAGGAAAUCCAGGGCGGGCGCGUCGUCAAGGUCCGUCGUCACGAGUAGAACUGCUAGACCAUGCAUGUCUG